ACACGGACCAGAACACUGUUACGAUUAAUGUCAGUGGUGGUGACCUCGAGUGGCGCAGAGAGCCGUACACUGUGUGCGCUGUGCCACAUGAUGAAACAUGUGAUUCCGUAUAUGCGGGGCGGCGUGUGUGUGAGAAGAGUGAGUUCUCAUAUUCAUCGUCUGUGUUUCUGGAUCUCGCCAGCAGGGGAAUGCCUGUUCAGGAUGUGAGGUUCUGCUUCGUUGCAGCCAACGUGACGAUCGGAGGACGCACCUACACGCACAUGCAGGAUGUGUUAGAGGAUGUCUGGGAGGACGUGUGGGAGGAUGAUGGUGAGUCGAGCACAGGAAUGUCUGGUGGAGUCAUCGCCGGGAUUGUCAUUGCCGGCAUCGCUUUGUUGAGUGUUCUGGUUGUCGCUGUGGUGUAUGUGCUGCAUCAGCGACGGAAGAACAGAAGAGAGCCACCAGACUCUGGCACAC